AUGUCUCGUUAUGACGAUACUCAGUUCUACCCAAGUGAUCAAAUUGUUGAGGGUAUCCCCACCUAUGUACGCCACAAUUUCAUCAUAAAGGUAUACAGCAUUCUUGCGGUCCAGUUGAUCGUCACAGCCGCUAUUGCAACCCCCUUCGCGCUUUACCCCGAAAACUUCGUUGGUCCGAAGACUGCGGCAUUGGUCUACCUCAGCGUCUUCCUUACUCUCGGCAUUAUGAUUGCUAUCAUAUGCGCACCCUCUAUCAUGCGGAAGUAUCCAGUCAACUACCUGGUCCUGACCAUUUUCACCCUUGCCGAGGGCUUCAUGGUUGGUAUCAUCACUUCCCGCUAUGAUGUCAACUCAGUGUUGCUCGCCGUUGGUAUUGUCGCUAUUGUGGUGAUAGGACUUACUGCAUAUGCCUUCCAGACCAAGCACGACUUCACGGGCAUGGGGCCCUACCUCUUUGUAGCGACCCUUGUUCUGGUGUUGUUCGGACUUCUAUUUCUCUUCUUUGGGAGCACACCAGUGUUACACAAAGUCUACGCUGGCAUCGGUGCUCUCGUCUUCUCCAUGUAUUUGGUAUAUGAUACGCAAUUGAUCGCUGGGGGUAAGCACUCUAAGUACAGCUUCUCGUUGGAUGACUAUUGCUUCGCGGCCAUGUCCCUUUACAUUGACAUCAUUCAGCUCUUCAUGUGA